AUGAAGCGUCAAUCUACACCUGCGGGUCAAAAGGCAUCAACAGACGAUGCACUCCGCAAGCAGGAAGCCCUCACAUAUUUAAGGGAGCUCAAGGAACGAUUGAAAGACAAGAAGGAUACUUACGACGAAUUCCUAGAGAUAAUGAAGGAGUUCAAGGCACAAAGAAUUGACACGGAAGGAGUAAUCAAGCGAGUUAAGACGAUUUUCAAGGGACACAGAGACCUCAUCCUUGGUUUCAACCAAUUUCUCCCAAAGGGCCACGAGAUCCGUGUUGAGGAUGUAGAUAGAGAAGAGCGCGAGGAAGCGGAGCGUGCCAAAGCUGCUGCUGGCAGCGUACCUCCGGUGAAGCCACAAGUUGAAUUUGUUCAUGCUAUCAGUUAUGUGAACAAAAUAAAGACACGUUUCGCAAAUGAUGAACGGGUAUACAAGGCGUUUCUUGAAAUCCUGAAUAUGUACCGAAAGAACUUGAAAACAAUCGGUCAAGUCUAUGACGAGGUGGCGUCUUUGUUUAAGUCUCAUAAUGACUUAUUGGAGGAGUUCACCUACUUUCUUCCUGACUUCUCAACUCCCGCGGCUGGGAAGAAGGCAGCGACAGGCAAAACUCUGCGAGGUAAGAGUGCGUUCACUUCAGGACAACACAGUGGUGCACUGAAACGCAAAGGAAAAGGUGAAAAAGGCAUCACACCUGAAGCACCACCACCUGAAAAUCGAGAGGAAGACCGCAAGACGGCAGCCUCACUAGCUAAGGAGUUAUCAUUUUUUGAAAGAGUGAAGGCGCGCUUAAGGAAUCGCGAAUCCUAUAAUGAGCUCAUCAAAUGUCUGAACAUAUUCAACUCUGAAGUCAUAUCAAAGAUGGAAUUACAAAGUCUGGUAUGGGACAUCCUUGGCCGCCAUCCAGAUCUUUACAGCGGCUUCAGUGAAUUUCUCGCACGAUGCGAAAGCAUGGACUUCGAGCUUCUCGAAAGUGGUAAAGGAAAGGAUGGUAAACUUUCCGUCAAGGAGCUCCAGAAGUUGAAGAUCAUCAGUGCCAGAGAAAAGUUCCUAUCUCGACCUAUCUCAGAGCUAGACCUUUCUGCAUGUGAACGUUGCGGUCCUUCCUAUCGGCUGCUGCCAAAGGACUAUCCAAAAGCACCUGCCUCUGCCCGCACAUCUCUGUGCCAAGAGCAUCUCAACGACAACUGGGUCAGCGUGACAUCUGGGUCUGAAGACUAUAGUUUCAAGGCGAUGCGCAAGAAUCAAUAUGAAGAGGCAUUGUUUCGCUGUGAGGAUGACAGAUUUGAGCUUGACAUGGUCCUGGAGACGACCGCAGUGACCAUAUGUGCUCUGCAGCCCAUCAUUGACAAAUUGAACGCAAUGCCCAGCGACGAAGCAAGCCAAUUCCGAAUUCCUGAAGGAACGUUAUCCCCAAUCCAUCUUCGUACGAUUGAGCGACUGUAUGGAAUAGGAACUGAUCGAGGAAGUGAUAUUAGACGAAUGAUUCUCGACUACCCAUCUGCAACAGCACACGUGGUCAUGGCUCGCUUGAAGCAAAAGGACGCUGAAUGGAAACAAAUUAAGACGGAGCUGACUCCAGUGUGGGUAGACGUAUACGAGAAGAACUACAACAAAUCGCUUGAUCACCGGUCCUUCUACUUCAAGCAAACAGACAAGAAAGCGCUGAGUGCAAAAGGAAUGACAGGUGAGAUCAAAGAAGUGUGGGAGAAAAAGAAACACAGCGAGGACAUCAUCAGCAGGAGUAAUGAUGUCACGAGUGCUGCUUGUAAUAUCUCUCCUGAUCUAACAUUCACAUAUGCCGACCGAACGGUGCACGAUGACAUAUACGCAGUUUUGAAAUUUUGUACACAUGAGAUGAUGAACUCAGACCAUGCAGAGCGUGUAAUGAACACUUGGCGCAUAUUUAUGGAGCCGUUUUUUGGAAUUACGCGAAAAGAUCCAGAAGGAGACUAUUACGAUGAUUCUGCUGAGCAAGCUGCUCUGUUUGUGCACGGUUUCGACGACGACGACGACGGCGACGACGAUGCUGGUGACGUCGACGACGACGACGAUGACAUUGAUGGCGAAGACGCUGGAAACGGCGAUGGGGACGAUGACGGGAAAAAUAGAGAUAAGAUCUUGAGUGCGGAAGGCGUCGUCACCCAUGGAAGUAAUGAGCCAACGCAGCCGGCAUUCGGUGACAAUGAUGCGCGAAACCCUGAAUUGUUGACGUCCAAUGAGAGCAAUUUGCUGAAAUUGAAAAAUGCGGAAUGGUCAGAUGAACAGGGCGAAAAAAGUUGCGAUGACAGCUCCAGCAAGCAUGCAUAUUCGAGCUGCAACCCCCUUUCAGGAACCACUAGAACAACAUUGAAUGGACUGGAAUACAGCUGCUCAACACACGAAACCCUUGGUGAAGGGCCCAUAUUUUAUGGGCACGAUGGCUUCUACCUACUUUUCCGCCUACAUCAGCACCUGUAUGAGCGACUCGCAACUGCCCGCGUUUCAGCUUUUAGUAUGUCCCAACAGUUUGGUCAAACAGCCAAUCCCGCCGAAAGUCGCACUGCCCGAGAACGUUCCAUUCACAAUGAUUUUCUGCGUUUGCUCUUCAAGCUUCUCAAUGGCACAAUCGAGUCAUCAAAUUUUGAAGAUGAGUGUCGCAUACUACUAGGAGCAAACUCAUAUUUGCUAUUCACGCUUGAUAAGCUCAUCUACAAGAUCGUAAAACAAGUCCAAAGUCUCCUAGCAGACGAAAUGGCAUCAAAACUCUUGCAGCUUUUUGACUACGAAAGGACACGAAAAGACGGAUUUUCAGAACAUAUAUACCAUGCUAAUGCUAACGUCUUGUUGCUGGAUGAGAGUUGUUAUCGAUUCAGCUCUUUUGACAGAGGCAAGCGCCUCACCUUACAACUGAGGGACACGAGUCUAGAUAAAGCUGACUUGCCUGCGGGUACUAUGGAUGCUCAGUUUCAUGGCUAUCUUGGGCGAUUUUUGCACGCUUCCAUUCAACCAGAUGAAAUCCUCUCGAAGUCAUGGCUGGAUCAGAGUGAUAGACCUCCGGUUUACCUUCGGCGAACAAAAUUAAAUGUACAACCUUUCGAUCGGAAGGAUGAAGACUCGGCGUUUCUUGCUGACAAGUGUGCAGAUGUCGUUUUCAACUCGUUGGAGUGCAAAGUUUCUUGCAGCAAUUCAAAAAUAUCGUAUGUCCUCGAUACCGAAGACAUAUUUUACCGCAAAUCUGUGCGUUGGGCUGGCCGAGCUGUACACAAAAGGAUUCAACACAGGAAAGUAAUGGAAUCGAAAUUUCGUCAGUGGUUAAACACCCAGAUACCUUCAUCUGUUAAAAUACUGGGUACUGACCCGCUGAGUAUGCUGCCGCAGGCCUCCACCCCAAGCACGGAAAUCAUCAACAAUGAUAAUGAAACUAAUAAGUCAGCUACAUUUCCAUUUCCCGGCAUAGCGGUGGAGGUCGCCAAGGACCAUUCCAGGCAGGUGCAACACGAAGUCCGUUCACCUGACGGUGGCGAUGGAAACAAAUUGGAAACGCAAGUCGGCGCUGCUGAUAUACUUUUCAAGGACCCAGGGCAAACUGACAAAGAUCAUUUUGAAGAGCCCAAAUUUGACCCUGAUCAGCACACUGUUCCUGAUGCCACAGAACUUGAUUGGGGGAUUAAAUAAAUGAAGGACAAAAUCAUAAAAUAUCUAUCUCCAGCAGGUAUCUACCUUCGAAGGUACCUUGGUACUUAUUUAGUAGCUAGCUAGCUAGCGCUAGAGCUAAUAAUAGCUAGAGCUAAGCAGCUAGCUAGCUAAGCUAGUAGUACGAAGGUAGCUACUAGUACGCAGAUAGCAGUAGCUAGUAGAUAUUGCCAAUAUAUAACUAUAAGCUUUGUGCAGACUGUUCCGCAAAGCUCGAGAG